AUGAAAACGGGAUUCCAAUUUAUUCCGGAGAAUAGGCCACUCCUCUACAUACCGGCGUCAAGAUUCUUCUGGGAAGCACCCACUGCACCCAACACAUCCCUCUACAACUAUCCGCUGGAGCUGUGGAGCACGAUACCGGAGUCGGAGCUGAUCGUGAAGCUGUGCGUCUUCCUUCCCAUCAUCGUGUUCGGGCUGCUCGGCAAUGGCAUCCUGCUGGAGGUUAUCUUCUCCAACCGCACGCUACGCACACCCAGCCACCUGCUGAUAGCGAACCUGGUGGUGACCGAUUUUCUCACCCUGCUCGUGUGUCCGCUCUUCUUCAUGACGCACGACUUCUUCCAGAACUAUCUGCUCGGACCGGUCGGCUGCAAGCUGGAGGGGCUUAUAGAAGGUGGUCUCCUGGUCACUUCCGUCCUCGGGAUGUGUGUCAUCAGCUACGACCGACUGUCGGCCGUCGUACUGUCCUCCGGCACCCGUCUGAAAGGACGCGGCACCGUAGCAGCGAUCGUGUUCUGCUGGCUGAUGGGAUUCAGCAUUGCGAUGCCACUGUCCCUGUAUCGUCACUUCAAAAUUCGCCACUGGAAGGAUGUGGACGAGAUGUACUGCUACGAGGAUCGCUCCGUACUGGCCACGUACUGGGAGUUUCUGCUGGUCAUGCUGGUGUGGGUCCCGCUGGGCGUUAUGCUGGUGGCGUACACACUGAUCAUCGUUAAGCUGGACCGGUACGAACGGAAUGCCCUUCGCCGGCAGCAUCCGAUGGUAGUGCGGUACAAGAGCCGGGUGGCCAAAACGCUCUACAUUGUGCUGCUGGCGUUUAUCGUCGUCCGGGUGCCCUUCACCAUCAUGGUGUUUGUGUACUACAACAUCGAACCUUUGGACCAUUUUCAGUUUAGCGAAAGUUUCAUAUUUGUCUGGUGGCUUGCGAAAGUGGCGUUCAUCUUUCUAAAUGCUGCCAUAAAUCCGCUCAUCUACGGGCUCACCAACAAAACGUUCAAAAAGGCACUUCGCGGAUCGAAGAUUUUGCAGUGCCUUUGUCGGUUGGCCCCGGAAGAACAAACGAAGCGACCGCUUGGAGAAGAGCAACGCAUCAAGCAGCAACCAGAGCAACCAACGGCUGCUACGACGCGAUCCGUUACGUAG